CGAAGAUCUAUCAUGAGAGGGUUCGAUGCAAAUGCUGACCUUCGACUCCCAAUCUCCUUCUCACCAUCGCGCGUUUACCCUGUCGAUGAUGCACUCACAAAUCUCUCAUCAUCACACUGUUCAACCAUCCGCAACAUCCCUCACUCCUGGUGAUGAUUCGAAUCAUACAUGCGCUAAACGCACUCUUCCAAGAGCCCAUCUUCACCGCUUCAGAACUCGCACAGAUCGCUCAGCGACUGGACGCACUCGAGCUUGAUCUUGCGCGUGAAGACAAUCGAGAAGCCGGACCCAGUGGCACACACGAGCGACAUCCCUUUACGACUGCUGAUGACGACUAUGACAUGAUGCCUGAUAUCCCAGGAGCUAUGCCGAAUAGUCGCGCCAGCGGGAAGCAACGCGAGCGGACGGGCAGGACAGGCUACAAUGCAGACGACACUGGCUUCUUCAGCGUGACCGUCGUCGAUGAAGCGCUCAAAUGGAUGGGGCUCAGGUUGGUACGCUGGGCGUCUGACGAGAUGAAGGCGUACAAACACAAUCCAGGUGAUCAGGCUGCGUUCAUCCUCAAUUACCAGCAGCACUGGUUCGCCAUGCGACGUUUUGGGCCGCCAUCAUCCGAGCUAGGAGAACAAGGAGGAGCAAGUGCGAUAUGGUACAAUCUGAAUAGCUUCCUGCCAGCACCGGAGCGCAUCAGUGUGCUCUACCUGGACAUGCAGCUCCAACAAGCGCAACACGAGGGCUAUUCGAUCUUUACCGUCGUUUCUGACGAAGGUGAAACCCAUCAGACGACGCUACCCACCAGUCAGGCCGACAUUUAUGUUUUCACGCAUCCCGAGCUGGGUUUUGCACACGCGCCAGAAGACACCCAGCGACGGCCCACUCAGCGCCCCCUGCCGCAGCCGCCUAUCAUGAACAGCACGAACAACAAAUCUCGAUCGCGCACGACAGAUGAGGACGAGCCAUGGAAUCGACGUGCUGCUCAGCGAAGAAAGACAACCAAGCAUGUCGCGCGCAAAACGCAUAGCUCAGACGAAAGCAUCAUCGUGGUAGAUAGCUCGGAUGAGGAGAGCUCAAUUCCGCGUGCUGGCUCGAGCAAAACCGAGUCAGUCCUGACAGGUGCAGAAAGCGAAGAAGAGCAGAUCAGACUGGCUACUCAAGCUUCACUCGCCUUUUCAUCCGCUUCGUCCGACAUUGCUUCGAGCACGUCGACGCCUCAUUCGGCAGCUGAUGAUGCUGCCCUACGCAACCAAAUGGCCGCCGGUAGGAUCACUUCUGAAUCACCAGCACCAAAUUUGGCAGCACCAGUAGAGCAAGAAGAGGUGGAUGAGGAUGAUCUAGAAGAGAUAGAGCAACCCACCCCUGAUGAGAUCAGGCGACGGCGUCUCGCUCGUUUUGGAUAGUGUUGGCUACGACUGCAAUGCAUUGCCUCGUGACAGGAUGGCGAGCUACGCUGAGCUCAAGCCAGGCUGUUGCCUCAGUACUUUCGUCCUCUCGCCCUCGAGAACUUUCUGAAUC